UCUGAACUAGACGGUUGGUAUUCAGAGCAUGUGAAGUCGUUUAACAAACGUGAUAAGAUGAAGCUUGAUUCGGAGCUGGUGGCUGCAGAAGAAAACGCCACCGUGAUUAAGGUAAGGGGUGAUGGAAGUGGAGAUUUCAAGACAAUUACUGAAGCCAUUGAAAGCGUGCCAGCGUGUAACACGAAACGUGUAGUGAUUUGGAUCGGAGGAGGAGUUUAUAAAGAGAAGCUUAAGAUUGAUAGAAAUAAGCCUUUCGUUACUCUUUAUGGAUCUCCUAAUAAUAUGCCUAAUUUGACCUUCGAUGGAGAUGCUAGCAAAUACGGCACCGUUUAUAGUGCUACCUUGACGGUUGAAGCUGAUUAUUUCACUGCAGCUAAUCUCAUCAUUGAGAAUUCAUCGCCAAGGCCAGAUGGGAAAAGAAAAGGAGAGCAAGCAUUAGCAGCAAGAAUUUGGGGAAAUAAAGUCGCAAUUUAUAAUUGCAAAUUCAUUGGAUUUCAAGAUACCCUUUGCGACGAUCGGGGUUUACAUCUCUACAAAGAUUGCUUCAUUCAAGGCACUGUUGAUUUCAUUUUCGGAGGAGGAACUUCCCUUUAUUUGAACACUCAGUUGGAUGUGGUGGUCGAUGGAGGAUUGGGAGUGAUAGCAGCCCAUUCAAGAGAACAAGAAUCUGAGUGCAGUGGAUUCUCAUUUGUGCAUUGUAGCAUUACAGGAACUGGCGGAAGAAACACUUAUUUGGGAAGAGCUUGGAGGCCAAGAUCUAGAGUUGUUUUUGCCUACACUACAAUGGCUGAUAUUAUUCAUCCCAAAGGCUGGAACGACAUGGACAAUUUUGGUUACGACAAAACGGUUUCGUUCGGAGAAUACAAGUGUUCGGGGCUGGGUUCGAACUUUAGCAAGCGUGUGCAAUACGGCAAGCAAUUGAGUGAUGAAAAAGUGCAGCAGUUUGUUAGUCUUGAAUACUUGAAGAGUGAUACAUGGCUACUUCCUCCUCCCAAUCACGAAGAUUUAGAAAAUUAGAAUAUGUUUUUAAUUGACUACGUGAUGUGAUCUUAUAUGUUAUAUCUUUACGUUGUUUUAUCUACUUGUACGUUAUGAUUGGCUAUUUAUAUGUCAAUUUUAUUAACCAAAUUAACUA